CAUGAUUGGAAGGCAGAGGAGGAUUGUGGGGAAAGAGGAAACGCCAUUUUCAUUGGGAGGAAUAGAGAGCGAGCGAGAGCUGCUGACAGGAGCUUAAUGAUGCGCUCCCAAUGCGUUAUUUAUUAGUAAACACCGUUUGCACAUUAGGGUUCUGAAUUGUCAGACCAAUGUGUCAAGUUGCAGCCUCGAUACCUAUGAAGUAUGCGUUAAGUUAGCGUGUGGCGGUGUUAUUUUAUUAGUUUUGUUUUAAUGACAUGGGUGUUGUAAGACCGGUGGAGUUUUAAGACUGAAAAGCGGAGGCGGGCGUUCUUUAGUCUGUGCCGGGGUUCGGCCUUGAAAUCGAAAUAAUAUCAAAAAAAGUUAUUUAUUGAUUUUAUCUGCAAUCAAAAAACAACAACAACUUGUCUUGAGACCAGAGAGGAAGUUGCUGGUGAAACAGUUCCCGGAAGAAUCUGGAUGUUCGUUAUUACAGCGUUGAUGUGACUUUGUUUGAAUUACAGCGUUUGAUCCAUUUUAAAGAAUGUAUGAAAACAUGUCCACCAUGGUGUACACGAAGGAGGACAAGAUGGAGAAGCUGUCCCAGGACGAGAUCAUCUCCAAGACGAAGCAGGUGAUCCAGGGUCUGGACGCACUGAAGAAUGAACACAACUCCAUCCUGCAGAGCCUGCUGGAGACACUCAAGUGCCUGAAGAAGGAUGAGGAGACCAACCUUGUGGAGGAGAAAUCCAGCAUGAUCCGCAAGUCCCUGGAGAUGCUGGAGCUGGGGCUCAGCGAGGCGCAGGUGAUGAUGUCUCUUUCUGGCCACCUGAGUGCGGUGGAGUCGGAGAAGCAAAAGCUGCGUGCCCAGGUGCGGCGGCUGUGCCAGGAGAACCAGUGGCUGCGGGACGAGCUGGCCAACACCCAGCAGAAACUGCAGAAGAGCGAGCAGAGUGUUGCCCAGCUGGAGGAGGAGAAGAAGCACCUGGAGUUCAUGAACCAGCUCAAGAAAUACGACGAGGACAUCUCUCCAUCGGAGGACAAAGACUCGGAUUCUUCCAAAGAACCGCUGGAUGACCUUUUCCCCAAUGACGAGGAUGACCAAGGACAAGGAAUUCAGCAGCACAACAGCAGUGCAGCUACAGCAUUGCAGCAGGGAGGCUAUGAGAUCCCUGCCAGAUUGAGGACGCUGCACAACCUGGUCAUUCAGUAUGCGUCCCAGGGCAGGUAUGAAGUAGCCGUGCCGCUGUGCAAACAGGCGCUCGAGGAUCUGGAGAAAACAUCCGGGCACGAUCACCCCGACGUCGCCACCAUGCUCAAUAUCCUCGCCCUGGUGUACAGGGAUCAGAACAAAUACAAAGAAGCUGCAAAUUUGCUUAACGAUGCCUUGUCUAUACGAGAGAAGACAUUAGGAAAAGACCAUCCAGCGGUGGCGGCUACUCUAAAUAACCUUGCGGUGCUUUACGGGAAGAGAGGGAAGUACAAAGAAGCAGAGCCACUGUGCAAGAGGGCCUUGGAAAUCAGAGAAAAGGUUCUAGGCAAAGACCAUCCAGAUGUUGCUAAGCAACUGAACAACUUGGCUUUGCUAUGCCAGAACCAGGGCAAAUACGAAGAAGUAGAGUAUUACUACCAGCGUGCACUAGAAAUCUAUCAGACCAAGUUAGGACCUGAUGACCCUAAUGUGGCAAAAACAAAGAACAACUUGGCCUCGUGCUACCUCAAGCAAGGCAAAUUUAAGCAGGCAGAAACUCUGUACAAAGAGAUCCUCACAAGAGCUCACGAGAGGGAGUUUGGAUCAGUAGAUGAUGAAAAUAAACCCAUCUGGAUGCAUGCUGAAGAAAGAGAAGAAUGUAAGGGCAAACAGAAGGAUGGCUCAAUGUUUGGGGAGUAUGGCGGCUGGUAUAAAGCUUGUAAGGUGGACAGUCCCACUGUGACCACCACUCUGAAGAACCUGGGGGCACUUUACAGACGUCAAGGCAAGUUUGAGGCGGCUGAGACAUUGGAGGAGGCAGCGAUGAGAUCUCGAAAGCAGGGUCUUGAUAAUGCCCACAAACAGCGAGUGGCCGAAGUGUUAAACGACCCAGAGAGCAUUGAGAAGAGGCGAAGCCGGGAGAGCCUCACCAUGGACGUGGUAAAAUACGAGAGCGGGCCUGACGGAGGGGAAGAAGUGAGUAUGAGCGUGGAGUGGAAUGGGGACGGCACAGGAUCCCUGAAACGCAGCGGCUCCUUCAGCAAACUGCGCGCCUCGAUUAGACGCAGCAGUGAAAAACUGGUUAGAAAGCUGAAAGGAGGAGGUUCACGGGACAGUGAGCCAAAGAACCCGGGCAUGAAGCGUGCCAGUUCUUUGAAUGUUCUUAACACGGGUGACAAGGCUGCUGAAGAAUCUUUUCAAGAACGAAAUAAUAGUCUGACUGACUCCCGAGGUCUGAGUGCCAGCCAUACUGACCUGGCGCAGUGAGGACCAUGGACUCACGGAAUCUGGAAUCUGGAUGGAAUGGAGACUUUUCCCAUGAAACUUCAGAAACAGCGGGAAGACAUUGAAUCCAGAGAUCACCACCUGCAAGGGGACUGCAAUUUUAAAGUCAUUUAAAAAAAAAAAACACACCUAACAGUGACUUGUGGAAUUAGAUUAUAUAUAAAAAGUAGUUGGCCGAGGUAUACUGUAACUAUGUCUUUCAUUGCACUUUGACAACAAUCGUUUUGCUGGUUACGGGCAGUGAUUUUGUUCAUAUCCUAGCAUUUCUAAUGACAAUAUAUUUUUUUUCUAAAGGAACCAAAUUGAAAAGCAGCAAAAAAUGCACUUACACCAGUCCAAAUCUACAGUAUAUAGCUGCAAUUUGAAACAGCAUAAAAGACUCAGGAGUUGUAUGGGUUAGAGCUGUGUAGGUUUGUAAGGCUGAUGUUAGCAGUUGUUGUUUAUCAAAGUGUGUGAUCAGCGCUGGCUUUCUGCUUCUGAUCCCUUGUUUUUUUUUUUUGUUCUAAACCUAAGCAAUUGUUAAACAGUUCUGACAUGCACUGAAAUGAUGAAAGAAGCUAAUCAGUGGUUACCCCUGGUCAUUUGGCUCAGUUAACUCUCAAUGUCUUGCCUAGUUGAUAAUCCCCAGUUAUUGAACUUGUAUCCAGGUAUAUGUGUUCAAAUGUAUUGUUACAAAGCUAUUUUUAUUAUACAAAGGAAACGUGUGUCGGCUAUUAUAACGUAUGCUGCUGGUUUCACAGAACUCUGUUCUAACCUUCCUGAAGUUACCUUACGCAAGGUCCAAGACUAGCGCUAAUCAGGGUCUGUGAAACUAGUCGAUAAAGUGCAGCGGUGUAAUUGUGUGCUCUUUUUAAUAUAAAUCUGUGUGUGUUAGAAAACAAGUGCAGCUAUCAUGCUUAACAAAGCUGGGUGAUUGCAAGCAAAACAAACUGCUAGCUAUGUUUUAAUAGAAGAAGCCAUUCUUGUUUGUAACAAUACAAAUAGAGAUGUUAUAUGCUGUUGGUAGGGGAUUGCUCAUUAACAUACUGUAUGACAAGGCACCUGUUUCUAUAUAGGAUCCUGUUAUUUUCUAAUGUGUAUCACUGUAUAGAAAAUUGUUUUAUAUUUGUAUUCUUGUAUUUGAGUGUCCCAGUCAGGGUUAGUUGCAUGCAUAGUUGUGACUGUGUACCAUCAUCACCAGUUUUUAAUCCACAAGUAAUGAAGAGUCUCAUUGUAAGGAAUAGUCCACAAGCCUGCAUAACUCAGGCUGUGCACUGUUUACUUAUGGUCAUCCUGCAACCCCUGUUCCACUCUGCUUUACUCAUUUGAUCAUUAAAAUGAUCAGCUUCUGUGGUUCUUUUUAUUAAUUUAUUAUUUUAAAAGUAGUAUAUACAAAACAAAAAAAAAGAAAAUUGUACUUUUUUUUUUUUUACAGCAUUGUUUUAAAACUAUAACAUGUUGCUACUAGAUAACUAAUUUGCAUUUUAGCUUCUAGGCUGGUUUCACAGACCAUGAUCGGCACAAAUCAUGGAUUUCCUUACCUUGUGCCGAUACACAGUCCAAGAUUAGUACUGAUUGGGGUCUUUGAAAUCAGCCUGUGUAUUUUUUAGUGUUUAGUGUGAUACUGUAAUGAUAAGUAACUAAAGUUAGGCUUCAUUUCUGUGCCGUUUACUUUUUAGUUAUAGUUUUGUACAGCUUUGAAUAAGUGUCACUAUUGCUUUAAGGAUAUCAGUCCGUACCCAUGAUUCUCUGGUUCUGUAUCUAGAGGUAGUUCUUUAGCAAUAUAUCCAACAAUUACGAUGCUGCUAAUGGGUGUGGGUGCCUUUUUUAUCGCAGGGAGUCUGGCAGUUACCUCAUUUAAAUAACCCUGCGAUAAUGUUAUAUUUCCAUACUAUUGAUUGGUGGCUAUUAUCCUUCUGAAUAGUUAGACCAGGAAUAACUCUCCAGAAAGUGAUGUUUAGCAGCCCUAUAGGAAAUGUAAUGGCAUUAAAAAGAUUUGCAUGCAGUUUCAUUAAUAGCUGUAAAAUGCUAUUUAGGAGUAACGGUUGAAAGAACCAUCAGAGUGGUAAUAAAUAUUUAGCAAUAAAACCUUAAUCCAAUGUGGUUAGAAAUGUAAGCCCUUCCUAGAGUUGGAUUGUUACAGUAAAACCUUGUUAUAAUGCUGAGAUAUGAAAACCUUCUCAAAUUCGCAGAAGUUAGUAAGAUGAAUAUUAUUACAUAACUAUAUACUGUACAAAUACACUAUAUCAAGCCUUACUGUUUAUUUCACAUCUUUAGCAUCUUUUGUACUAGCUGUUACAUAGUGAUUUGGAUUUGUUUUUAAAUGAUGUCUGUUCUGAAACUGACUUCAUUUAAUGAACUUGAUCUUAUUCUUUGGCUGUCUCAAAUGUAAACAAUCAUGUUUUUUGCAGUGGGCUGAACUGCAAGGGAACAGUCUGUAUUCUGAUGCACUGAGUUCACACAGCAGAGGUGAACUUGAUAUUGUGGUGGCUGGGGUUCACCCUCAUCAUUAAGGCUGAAUGCAGUUCCUGCCCUGAAUUUCCAAUGGCAAAACAAGCUUAAGGAUAUUUCAACUGAUGUUUAUUAGCAUAAGAAAUAACUGUUAGGUGUAUCAUAAGUGAUACAGUGACACAUCCAAUACUUAUUAGGUUUCAUGAGUGUAUUUAUAAUCCAUUGCCCAUAAUCACUCCGUUUUUGUGGAUUGCGCGAAGCUGAACUAAAUACACUUCGGAGAUGGGAAGCAUGAACCGAGGGGUUGACAAGCUUUUCUAAACUGUACCAGGGAAGCACAGCACAGUACAGAUAACAGGGAAACCUGGGCAAACAAAGCAAAAAUCAAACCUAGAGGACAGGUUGGGGGAGCAGCCACACUAACAGCAAUAGCAUUCAGUGUCAAUGGGGUAUAUUAGCUCAUUGUAGAGAUCUGCUUAGGUUUCUAGAACUCCAAAGAAAACUGAGAAGCCUGGGCUAUGCUAUUUUUAAAAAGGAUUUAAAAACCUAGGGAGUCUGGACAGAAUAUACUGUAGCAAACCAGGGUGCUAAUACACAUCUGAGUGCAAAGCCCAGGCAUUCAUCACUAUAAAUUUACUAAUUUGAAUCAUUGAAAAAAAAAAAAAGAAGACAGGAGACAAUGAAUGUUGACAUUGGGGUGUGGAAGUAGGAAUGAAAUGCUGGGUAAUGACGAACAUCUCCUUCUGAUGUUUACAAUGGCUGUAUGCUUCCUUACAUUAGUGGUGUAAAGAACAGGAGGAAUAAGUGCUGGGUAUAAGCAGUCGUCUACAAACAGGCCUACUGCCACCUAAAGGUCAAUGAAUGUUACUACACAACACAUACUGAGAGUCUGCAGUCAUCUGUUGAUGAAAUGCUCAAAAGUAUAAAAUGAUUUUAAAAAUAAAUAAAUAAAUAAUUGUACAUCAACUCCAAAAACGCAUAUAUCAGGACAUUGCACAGAAGGAAAAUGGAACAGUAGUGUACGUGUCUGACUGAAGACAAUGUGAUCACGUUGAGGUUUUUGUCUAUGUGUGUUGCUAUGAUGAUCCUUAACCACUAACCACCAACUAUCAUUCUUUUUAACAUGACAUUUUUAAUCAUUGCAGUACUUGGUAAUACUUUUAAUGGAUAACAGAAUUACCAAUUAAAAUAAUAAUAAUAAAAAAAAGUUUACAUUAGCAUUUUUUUUUUUUUUUUUACAUUAGCAUACGAAAAAUGAAUGCACUAAACAUCUAAACAUUUAGUUCGUCAGGUAAGUAGGUCAAGUUUGGUGAGAUGCAUGAAAUAACUGUUUUUGAAAGCAAAAGGUUAAGAAACUGCUUGUUUUACAGUACUGUGUGGCUGAUCCCUUUUAACAUGAAGUGUUUGCUCUUUACGUGCACUUUAGUUCUUGCUGAACUGGCAUUGCAUGUGCUGUGCAAUGCAGACAGCAUGUGCAGGUCUGGAACACAUAUCUUCAAGCUUUCUGAAAACUCAAGUGUAUACAUUUAGAAAGGUGUUGUGGUGACAUUGUUUGAACUGUGUUGAAGUAUUUAUGUUGCAAGUGUACAAAGGAAAUAUCAAAAUAAAUUUUUAAAAGACA